AUGGACCCAGCUCAACUGCCUUCGUGGGACCUCCCUGAGGGCGUCAUCUCACGUUAUGUCGACACGUCCCCUGUAGGACUGAAAUUCCACAUCCUCGAGUCUUUUCCAGACGCCGUAUCCCCAAGUCGUCUCCCACCGUUGGCCCUUCUCCUUCACGGCUUCCCGAACCUAUCCCACGACUGGCGCUUUGUGAUGCCAAAGCUCGCCGAGGCCGGGUACUACGCGGUAGCUUUAGACAUGAGGGGCUUCGGCCGCACACACAACGCGGAUCUCAGUCCCAUCAGUGAAAACUCGUUCCGUCUCAUGACUGCAUUGCGGGACGUUGUCACGCUCGUCCACGCCCUUGGGUAUGAGACCGUCCACGCCCUGGUGGGACACGAUAUUGGGGCGUUUGUGGCUUCGCUCUGCGCCGUCGUGCGAGGAGACAUGAUCAAGUCCCUUGUGCUGAUGUCGCACCCGUUCAAAGUCUCUCCUCAGCUGCCGUUCGGUACGGCGGUCUCUCCCCUGCUGGUCUCCGCUGCCUCCAAGGGUGCUGGACCAAACAAGGCUGACCCCGGUAUUCGGUCAUCACUCUUGAAGCUUGACCCACCCCGGAAGCAUUACAAGUACUACAACGCAUCUCCUGAAGCAGCCGAAGAGUGGACCAAUCCGACCGGCGAGCCGAUGCGCCGGUUCCUCAGAGGUCAUUUCCACCUCAAGUCGGCAGCUUACAGCUUGAACAGGCCAAGGCCCCUCGCAUCGUGGACCGCAGAGCAGCUCGCCGUCAUGCCGCACUACUACGUCAUGAGAGCCGAGCUGUCGAUGCGCGGAAACGUGGAGCUGGACAUGUCUGACGAGCCGGCCGAGAUCCGCGACAGACUCGGCGAGACACGGUGGCUCACCGACGCGGAUCUCCAGGUGUACACGGACAAGUUCUCGCGCAACACCUUCGGUCCUCCUUUGCUGUGGUACAAAGUGCUCGUGGACACGAGCCUUUCGGCGGAUCUCCUGUGUUUCGCGGGGACAAAGAUCGGUGUCCCGACAAAGUACGUCUCUGGAACAAGCGACUGGGGUACGUAUCAGGUCCCAGGCUCUCUCGACGCAAUGGAGAAUGGGGAGGGUGUCAACAAGGAGAAGCCUGAGGAAAGCGUCAAGGAAAUCUUGGCGCUGGCGAGUUCUGUCUAG